AUGACGAAGGGAAAGUCAUCAUUUGGAAAGCGUUGUAGUAAGACACACACACUGUGCUGCUGUGGCUCGAAGGCCUACCACCUUCAGAAAUGGACCUGUGGCAAAUGCGGCCACCCCGCCAAACACAAGAGAAAGUAUAACUGGAGUACCGAGGCUGAAAGACGAAACAGCACCGGGACCGGUCACACGAGGCACCUCAAGACUGUCUACCGCAGAUUCAGGCGUGGAUUCCGGGACGGAACAACACCCCAACCCAAGAGGGCCGCUGCUGCGGCACCCAGUUCAUCUUAUGAAUUCCAACCAUUACUCAUGCAGUAA